AUGUCUCAAGUAAAUCUUGACUGGGCUGAUGAGCGUCAGCUUCAGUGUUUAAAUGAAAGGUUAAUUGUCGUUGAUGAAAAUGAUGAGGUUAUUGGUGCAGAUACCAAGAGGAAUUGCCACCUGAAUGAAAACAUUGAGAAAGGACUGUUGCACCGAGCCUUCAGUGUUGUCUUGUUCAACACAGAGAAUAAAGUCUUGAUACAGCAGAGAUCAGACUGCAAAGUUACUUUUCCCGGGUAUUUCACUGAGUCUUGCUGUAGUCAUCCUUUGUACAACCCACUGGAACUGGAAGAACAAGAUGCCAUUGGAAUCAGGAGAGCAGCUCAGAGACGCCUGCAGGCUGAGCUGGGGAUUCCCCCCGAGCAGAUUUCUCUAGAAGACAUUUUAGUUAUGACAAAGUAUCACCACAAGGCAAGAUCAGAUAGAAUCUGGGGAGAACAUGAAAUUUGCUACCUUCUGCUUAUAAGAAAGAAUCUCCCUGUGAAUCCAGAUCCCAGUGAAACAAGACGUUUCUGCUACAUGACCAAGGAGGAGUUACAGGAGUUGCUGGAAAGGGGAGCCAGGGGAGAAGUGAAAGUUGCCCCGUGGCUGAGAGUCAUCGCAGAGAAAUUUCUGUAUAAGUGGUGGGCUCAUUUGGAUGAAGUAACCCAGUUUGUUGAGCUUAAUAAAAUAGUCAGAGUGUGAAGAGCAUGGGUGUCGAGAAUUUGCCAGAAAUACUGCCCCCAAACAGAAAAUGCUGUGUUUUCACUGCAGGCAAACAUGACACACAAUUGCCUUGUAAUUAUAUGCUUUCACAAGAAAAGGAAAAUCUUUCAAUUGCUAAUAAUCUAGAAAUCACAUACUUUUAAAUCUUUUAAUCUACUUUGUUAUAUUAUCCUAUUGUUUUCUUUUGUCCCAUUUCUAUAUUUUUCAUGUUUGGUUGAGAAGGGGAAUUUGAAUGUUUCCCCCUCCACACUUUCCAUUUUAUAUGCAGUUGGCAGGUUAGCAGUAGCUGAUCCUGAAAGGCCUGGUAGAAGGUCCUUGAGAGGACUGGAAUCUGUUAUAUUAGACUGUUAGGUGAACUGUGAUCCUACUUUUUCGACGGUGCUAUCCAAACUCCCAGGAAGUCAGAAUGGGGUAUCUCUGCAUGAUUAUUAGUGUUUUUUUAAAGCAUCACUUAUUUCACAGUACAAAACAAAGUUUAUUUUCAAGAAACACACAUUCAGUCUUGUGUCUUAAGGCCUGGCUAUAUGCAUUUUAGUUCAUCUCUAAAAUGGGUUCAUGUCAACACAUGUUAUAGCCUAACUACAAACCGCACAGGAAAUGUAUAUGGUCGCAACCAGAUGUCUCUGCAUUCAUCCACUUUUGUUCCUGAAGUUGGCUUAUAUCUCUGUAAUCUGCUUGUAAACGAAGGCAGUUUUGCUUUUAAAAAUUACUCUGUAUUUUAGCACAAAGUGAGUACACAUUUUUAAAUUAGACCUGAGUAUGUAAUAUUGAGAACGAAAUCAUGUUUUAAAACCAGACCUGAUAAUAUAGUGAAAUUGCCGCAUGCC